UAUUGUACGAUCAGUGAUAUGAUGACAUCAGCUGAUCAGUCAUCAUAUGUUGACGUUUUAGUAUAAUAGAAAUAAUCAGUAUUCUGUAAAAAAAAUAGGAGAUUUAGCUAUAAAGCAGGAUAAUAUAUUAAAUAUUUCAUAUUCACAAAAAAAUCAGUGCAAAAAAUGACCAAUUGUGACGAUACACGAGCUUUAACAUGCAUGAGACGAACCCAGGGUGAUGGAAUGGAAAAUAUUGACACUGAUAAACUUGAAGCAAAAGGAAAUAAAAUUCGAUUAGGUGAUACUUUAAUUUAUCAUCCUACGAAUUUUAAGCAGCUAAAUUCCAAACCUCCAAUAACUCCCAGUGGUACAGUAGUGAAUCUCAUUCCAAAAAGUUCGACGACUCAUGUCAAAAAAGAAAAACGUAUUUUGAGUUCUUUAAAAUCAAAAGAACCAAAAUUUGUACCAUAUGAACCUUACAAGGCAGCUGUAAAUCCUAUUAUUCCUAUAGAGAGAAAAAAUAAAAAAUCAUCGAAACAAAAUGCUGAUAUAAAUACAAUGAUAUCUCAACUAUCAUUUAUCAAGACAAGUGAUAAAAAAUUUGAUGAAGAAUGUAGCAAAAGUGGUAAUGCUCAAAUAAAUACCGACAAUGAUAAAAAAGAAUAUGAAUCUGAAAUUCAAAAGUUGAAGGAAGAAAAUAGUCAAUUAGAAAAUCAAUUAAAAUUUCAAACACAGGUUAAUGCAGAACUAAAGAAUUUAUUAGUGGCUGCAGUAGGAGAAGAUUUAGAAAGCAGAGUUCAUAUAUUAACAGAAGACAAACUUCAAUUGGCUCGAGCAUUAUUAAAUUCAGCAAAAAAUCUUACUACUCAUCAAGAGCAAACAGAAUGGCUAGCAGGACAAUGUGAAGUUUGGAGGAGUAAAUUUUUAGCAAGCAGUUUGAUGGUCGAGGAAUUAGCAAAAUGGAAAGCAGCCUUGUGCCAAAGAACGACUGAUCUUCAAGAAUCAAUAAAACGAUUAUUUGAAGAACACAACAAAAUUAGAGACACAAAUUUGCGAACAUAUAGAACUUUGAGUAUUCUCAGGGAGAAUUUUGCUCCUUCCGGAGCAUCGACAUCUAAACGACAUGAAUUAGCAAGUACAAAUAUAAUUGACUUGGCUGAAGGUUGUUCUCAGCUUUCGGAAUUAUUGAAAGUUCAACUAUUAAGUGGAAUGGACCAAAUUAGUCUUCGUAAAGAAAUCAAUGUCACCGGUUUGGAAAUGAAAACAGUUGCAGAAAAAACAGCCGAACAGCUAUUGAUGAAUCCAAAUUUGUUAAUGUCAGGAAGACAAGAUGUUGCAUGCAGUGCCGUGAUGGGUGCAGCAGUUGCAUUAAGAGGACAAAUAUUUCUUCCUAAGAAUACAAAUUUGUCUAAUAUGGCUUGCUGUUCCCAUUGCAGUGGAGAAAUCAAACAAGUAUAAUUACUAUUGUGCAUUUUAUAACUAAUUUUAAUAGCAUUUUAAAAAAAAGAGAAAAAUUGUAAGUUUACUUCAUAAGUAAAUAUUUAAUAUAUCUUGACCAUAAUUGGUCUAAAAUAAGCGCAAAAAAAUAGGUAUAUAUUAUGUAAAUUAAUAACUUCCACUAGUAAAAAAUAAUAAUAAAAAAAAUUGUCUUAAUGACAAUUUUUAUAUUAAAUAUGGUGAAUAGAAAAAAAAACUAUUUU